AUGACGAUUGCAUCUUUCAUCCUUGUGGCCUUCCUCCUAACGUCAUCUCGGGCCCUGACGACCAUCAGUGACAGCCAUCCUCUGGAUGGGUCUGUUGGGACCCAGAGUAUCCGUGUCAAUGCCUUCCGAGGUAUGGUCAGCAUCCGAGACAACAAUGUUUUGAGUGAAUGGAAUGGAGUCUUGGACUACAAGAAUGACCUCUUGGUGGCUAAGCUGUAUAGCAAGAUGGCUUGUGUCUUAGCCAAGAUGGACCAAGCUGCCUUUCCAACUUUGGAUGACAUUAACAAGACCCUGAACCACCAGGGUUUAAAGCAUUAUCCAUCCACUCGCGGCCUGACCUACACUGUUUUACCCAGCCGGGUCAAGAACUUAGCACAGUAUGGGACGUCCAUCAAGGACAUGUGCCGAGAGGUCCCUACCUACUUUGCCCAGCAGCGAAAAGAAGGUACUGCCCUGGCAGUUGACCCUGAUUCAUGUUUUGAAGUCCAACUUCUGUCCUUCAUGGGGCUCUCCAUCUGUGGGGAGAUCCCUGGGCUCUGA